AUGAAUCGGAGAGUUCCUGUAUCUCUGCUGCUCUGGAGUGGCUUUGUUUUGCUCAUCCAGUACUGUGGGGGUCAAGUCUUAAACUGCACGUGUGACCAAGGCCAUGGGAAGUGCGACGAAAAUGGCGAAUGCAGGUGUGACCCGGGUUGGGGGGGACUUCGAUGUGACGACUGUGUCAGAAUGCCAGGCUGCGUCCACGGCUCUUGCCACCAACCAUGGCAGUGUACCUGCGAGCCCGGGUGGGCGGGGCGUUUCUGCGACAAAGAUAUCGAUGUAUGUGAAAAGGAGCAGCCAUGUCAAAAUGGGGCCACUUGCUCCAUUAAUGAAGCAGGCGAGUACAACUGUCUCUGCCCUGACAAUUUCCAUGGGAAGCACUGUGAGUUUAAGACUGGUCCGUGCCAUAAGACAAGGUCCCCUUGUAAGAAUGGUGGGCUGUGUGAGGACCAAGGUGGCUACGCGUUACAGCUAUCCUGUCGCUGCCUGGCAGGCUUCACCGGGCCACGCUGUGAAACAAACAUGGAUGACUGCCUGAUGCGGCCCUGUGCCAACGGUGCCACCUGUCUAGAUGGCAUCAAUCGCUUCUCUUGCUUGUGCCCCGCAGGUUUCACGGGACGAUUCUGCACCAUAAAUCUGGACGACUGUGCCAGCCAACCCUGCCUAAACAGAGGCCGCUGCAUAGAUCGAGUCAACAGUUUCCACUGCGUUUGUCCCCCGGGCUUCACUGGAACCACCUGCGAGGUCCCGUUUUUCGGAAGGUCACGUGAAACCCAGGCUCCCAGUAGGGGCACCUAUACCGGGGCCGGCGAAGGGAGAGGAGGGGCAUGGGUCACCCAGACCAGACCUAGUCCAUCCACCCAUUUGAACCUCUCUCACGAGGCCACAGCCAGUGGGAGCGAAGGCCGUCUGCUGAAGAUUUCAGUGAAGGAGGUGGUGACACAGAAAGGGACAGGGGGACUGACAGAGGAACAGUUCAUCACCCUGCUGGUGCUGGGGGGCAUGACCCUGGUCGUGGUGGCGCUGACGGUCGGCCUGGUGUUGCGGGGGCAGCUUAAGGACCGCUGCGGGCACUGUCGCUGCCGCUCGCCCUCGUCGCACUUGAACGAAACCCGCCACCGCCAGCAGCCGCGGAGCCACCUGGCGCCUGCCGAGCAGGAGUGCAAAAUCAGCUUCCUGCAAACCCCCGUGGCGCCCGAGCUGGAGAAGAAGAAGCUCAACACAGACGUCAUCUAG